AACAUGUCGGAUGCCGUACUUUGCAGUCUGUAGACAGAGACGGAUGGUCAUGGUUGUAAUAAUGACUCUGAUAUUUGUCCUUUUUAUCAGCUGGACAAUGAAGGCUGAUAUACGAUCGCAUGCAUAUAAAGCAAACGGUGGAGAUAUUGCACAAAAUGCUACUUCCUUUGAAGUUACGGCAGAAGUAAGGAACAAAAUCCGGGGACCGGUGAAAGUCCUCGUUCUCGCCUACUUCCGCUCAGGGUCAACGUUGACGGGCGAGCUCAUACAGCAGACGAAGGGGACGUUUUACGUCUUUGAGCCAUUUCACCAGAUGGAAUAUCACUAUUUAAAGACAGGAGAAUCUCCCACUCUUAUAAACGGCACUAAAUGGCCAAACACGCUUGAAGGGCUGCAAAUGCCAUACCAAGUGCAUACGCUGGAAUCUUUGUUCAAUUGUCAAAUCAAAAGGAUAGAUAAACGGGCACUGACUCCGUUUGCAGGACAGUCAGUGAUGUUAUCAAACUAUUCGAAAUGUAGAAAGUCAAUGGAAGAAUGUGCGGAAGAGUUAGGAAGUGCCUGCCUUCGAUCUCCAAGUCGAGUGAUCAAGACGAUCCGUACCCCUAUGAGAUUUGUUACAGAGUUGUUAAAAAAAGAUCCUUCUGUGAAGGUCAUCCAUUUACUGCGAGACCCUCGCGGUCUAAUCAAUUCCUGGAUAACAUACGAUUAUAAACCACAGAAACAUAUUCUUCCCCAGUGUGUGUGCAACUUAAUAGGAGAUACAAGAUACGAAUUGGAGAAACAAUAUCCGGGAACUUUCCUUGAAGUGAUCUAUGAGGAUCUGGCACAACACCCUAUGGAGAUGCUGCAUAAGAUAUACGGCUGGUUCGGAAUGCCCGUUGACACCAAGGUCAUUGAUUGGCUUAACAAGAGUACACACAGUGAUAAAGACGGAAAAUUUUUGGAUACAUAUAAAAAAAAUUCCACGGCUGCAGCAUAUUCUUGGAUAAAGAAGAUUUCGUUGGAACAGUUAAACUUGAUUAACAAGUUUUGCGGUGAUCUUAUCUCACAUGGUAAUUUCCCCACGAUAUCUUCAGAAGCAGAGUUGGCUGAGUAUACCAUGCCCAACAGAACCGUGCUCUGA